AUGAUAGGUUUGGCUUCUGGAACAAAUGCAGCAACAUGUCAAGAUUAUACAGUCUAUAGUUUAACAACAGUUGGACAUGCAGGAUUUCUGAAAACCCUGCCUAUUUUCAUUGAUCAUUUGCUCUCUCCUUUGUUAACGGACGCUCAAUACCUUACGGAGGUUCACCAUAUUGACGGGAAUGGUGCAGACUCUGGCGUCGUCUACAGUGAGAUGCAGGAUUUAGAAAACGACAUGGAGAUUAUAGUCGACAGAAAAAGAAAGCAACUGUUUUACCCACCUAAUUCUAGUUAUGCUGUAUCGGCAGGUGGCCGAUUGGAGGAACUCCGGACACAGUGCUCAGCUGAGCGUGUUAGGGAAUAUCACAGGCCCCACUGGGUCUGGGACCGUUCCUUACCCUAUUUUUAUAGCCAACUGUUUAAAAUUUCAUAA